CGGCGGCUCCGCAGAAGAGGCUCUCCCCUCCCUGUGCUGGGAGGACCCCUCCGAUGCGGCGCUGCCCGCCUGCAAAAAUCCCAGGUAGGAUCGCAGCGCGCAGGUGUGUCUGGGAGAGCCACCCUGCCGGGAGGGAGGCUGGAGGUGAGGCGAGGCUGGCUGAUCCCACGCUGCCAGAGCCUGUAGGUCGCUAGAGGCAGGCUCGAAGCUCCCGGGAAUCCUGCGCUGCCGAGGCACGCCGGGGUGCUGCACACGUGUGCCAGGGACGGAGUGCCGACCUGUGCCAGACAACUGACCCGUGCCAGACCGGGAAUUCUGCUCCUUGGAGAGAUCUCAGUGUACUUGAGUGAGCUCCCCAGCCCAUGACCCACUUUGAGUUUCAGUAUGAGCACAGGCUGGGGGCAUAACCUUUGUGUUCCACCAUUUCUUAGGAAGAUGAAGAAACGCUGUGUGGUGGCCGGGGUGCUGACCGCAGCCCUGCUGGGGCUCAUCCUGCUGCUGGGGCUGCUGCUGGGGCUGCGCCCAGGCUCGGGGGACAGCCACAUCUACAAGAGGGCAGCUGUGGCCACGGAUGCAGGGCCCUGCUCAGUCAUUGGAAGGGACAUCCUUCAGCAAGGUGGAUCAGCAGUGGAUGCUGCCAUUGCAGCCCUGCUUUGUGUAGGACUCAUGAAUGCUCACAGCAUGGGCAUUGGAGGGGGCCUCUUCUUUACCAUCUACAGCAGCACAGGAAAAGUGGAAAUCAUUAAUGCAAGAGAGGUGGCUCCAAAAAAUGCAUCGGAGGACAUGUUUGGAAACAACACCCAGACCUCUCUGAAAGGAGGACUGUCCAUUGCUGUUCCAGGGGAAAUCCGUGGGUAUGAGCUGGCUCACAAACGUCAUGGCAAGCUGGCAUGGAAGGACCUGUUUCUGCCCAGCAUCAAGUUGGCCAAAGAAGGAUUCCCUAUUGGGAAAGGCCUUGCAGCAGCCAUCAAAUCAAGACAGGAAGCAAUAGAAAGCAAGCCCUCACUGUGUGAAGUGUUCUGCAGAGGAGGGAAAAUUCUGCAAGAAGGAGACAUCAUCAAGAUGCCCAAACUGGCCAGCACCUAUGAGACCAUAGCCAUGGAAGGAGCUGAUGCCUUCUACACAGGCAGCCUGGCCAAGCAGAUCGUGGAGGACAUCCGCAAUGCAGGGGGCAUUGUCACUCUGGAAGACCUGCGGGACUACAACGCCACAGUCAUCGAGGACCCCAUCCAGAUCCGGCUUGGGGACUUCACCCUUUACACCCCCAGUGCCCCCCUGAGCGGCCCGGUGCUCGCCCUCAUCUUCAAUAUCCUGAAAGGAUAUAAUUUCUCAGCUGAGAGCAUCCAGUCCACGGAGGAGAAAGGUCUGACCUACCACCGCAUCACGGAGGCCUUUCGGUUUGCCUACGCCAAGAGGACCUUACUGGGAGACCCCAAAUUUGUUGACAUCACAGAGGCCCUCAGGAACAUGACGUCGGAGUACUUCGCGGCCGGCCUGCAGAGGAAGAUCACCGACAGCAGCUCACACCCGGUCGGCUACUACGAGCCAGUCUACUACACUGGAGACUCUGCCGGUACUUCCCACAUCUCCAUCGUGGCUGAUGAUGGCAGUGCUGUGUCCGCCACCAGCACCAUCAACCAAUACUUCGGCUCUGAUGUACGAUCCACUGUGAGUGGAAUCCUCUUCAAUGAUGAGAUGGAUGACUUCAGCUCCCCUUACAUAAUCAAUGGCUUUGGGAUCCCUCCUUCUCCUGCAAAUUUCAUUGCACCAGGCAAACAGCCAAUGUCCUCUAUGUGCCCCUCUAUCUUGGUGGAUAAAGAAAAGAAGGUCAAGAUGGUGGUUGGUGCAUCUGGAGGAACAAAGAUAACCACAGCAACAGCACUGACUAUCAUGAACUCCAUCUGGUUUGGCUAUGAUGUGAAGAAAGCAGUGGAAGAGCCCAGAUUUCACGACCAGCUGUUCCCCAACAUCACAGAGCUUGAGCUGCAAGUAGAGAAGGAUGUAGAGGAGGAGCUGAAGAAGAGGCGGCACGACACGACCCGGGUGAGCAGCGGGGCCGUGGUGCAGGCUAUCCUCCGAACGGACGAGGGCUGGGCUGCAGCCUCCGACUCCCGCAAAGGAGGCUACCCUGCAGGCUACUGACGCGGCCCAGCUCCUUCUGUCGGGGGUCUGGUGGCACUGAGGUGUGUUCAGGGGGAAGAUCCUUUAGGUCUGCAACUCAGGGACUUCUCACAGGAAAGAGAACGAAUUUACCUGUGGUUCUAUUGCCAGAGCUGGGACAGCUCUUUACAGCCAUGACUGCGGUGCCCCCCACCACGGCAGUCUGAGAUAGGCAUGUCUAGCAGGACGUGCAAUACUUACUUGAAGAGUCUCUUCUGCCUGGAAGAGCUUGUUCCCUGCCUCCUCUCCAUCCCAUGAAGACAGCUGGGGUACCCAAAGUUUCUGAAGAAGGUCCAGCUCGCUCCAGCUGCAGAAAGUGUUUCUCCUGCACAGCGUCAGCUACCGGGAAUGUGCCUGUCCCUUGCUAGAGAAGAAAUUUGUUUCCUGUUGAGUAGAUGGGAGUUAUGGGACU